AUGCCUCCGCGAAAAAGAGCAACACGGGCCUCCAAAAAGGCCGAGGCCGCUGCUAACGAGCCUGUGGCUGAGUCUGCGGUCGAGCCGACAACGACACAACUUGAAGAAAACUCCGCUGUUGAGGACGCGGCAGCAUCAAAACCCAAGGCUACGCGAGCCUCUAAGCGGGGAACGGCCAAGGCCAAGGAGCCGGACAGCAAGUCCAAGCCUGAGCCAGAAGCCGAGCCGGAAGCGGUCGAAACUACACAUCCUGACGAGGUUGAAUCGACAGAGGUUGAGCCGGCAGAAGCGGAGACAGCAAAGGCAGAGGAGCCAACACGGAAGCCGACACAGAAGCCUACAAAAGAGCCAGACACACCAAUAGAUGUGCCGCCGGUCCCUGGACCACAAAAAGAGGCUGCCGCCCCCGCCGCUGCCCCUUCUGCGGCCGACCGUAUGGCCCGCUUCAAGGCGCUUCAGGCGCGCGCGAAAUCGUCUUCCGACCAGAACCUCAAGGCGGCUGCCGCCGAGACCCAGCGGCUGUCGACGGACGCGUCACAGCUGACGGCGCUGCGGCGCAAGGUGGCCGUGACGUCGCACAAGAUUUUGAAGGCCGAAGUCGAGGACGCCGGGGGCGACUUUGAGCGCAAGCGGGCGUGGGACUGGACGGCCGAGGAGAGCGAGCGCUGGGACAAGCGGAUGAAGAAGCGGGCGGCGCACCGCGACAACGCAGCCUUCCAGGACUACACGCAGGAGGCCGGCAAGGUCUACAAGAAGCAGAUCCGCAACGCGGCCAACCUGGCGGGGCCGGACCUCGAGCAGUACGCGCGCGACAAGCUGGCGGCGGUCGAGCGGGCGGCGGCGGCGGGGACGCUGGAGAUUGUGGAGACGGCGGACGGCGAGCUGAUUGCUGUGGACAAGGACGGGACGUUCUUCUCGACGGCCGAGUCGACGUCGUUUGCCGACAACCGGCCGUCCAAGGAGGCCAUUGACCGGCUGGUCAACGACCAGAAGAAGGCGGACGAGGCGGCGCUGCGCAAGCGGCGGGAGCGUCUGGCGAAGAACGGCGAGGACGCGGACGUGACGUACAUCAAUGAGAAGAACAAGCACUUCAACCAGAAGCUGGCGCGCUUCUACAACAAGUACACGACCGAGAUCCGCGAGAGUUUCGAGCGGGGAACAAUGAUUUAG